UUUCCAGGCUCAAGUUGCAGAUACUCUCUUCUCUUGCGUGAAAAGUCUCCGCCUCUCUUUUUUCAGGUCUCAUCUCCAUCUGGGUUUUCCAUGUUUUUUUGAGAAAUUUUGCUCUUUUUUUCAGAUGUGCAGAUAAUUAUGAUGGUUCAAGGAUUAGCCUUCUAAAUGUGUUCGGUGUAUUAUUUUGUCUUCGCACAGUAUCAUUUUGGGCCUGGUUGAUCAGUGAUUAGAUUCUGGUUCUUUGAUUAAUAUUUUAGAUUCAACUGAGGUGCUCAUAGUUCCUACUCGUUCACUGAGUUUUUCUAUGAAAGUGAGCUAAACUUCCCAUCUCUUUCAUGGAUAGUAAUCAGUUUGGUUCUAAUUGGGAUGAUGUGAUUUGUUCGAUAUGCUUGGAUUUUCCCCAUAAUGCUGUACUUCUGCAAUGUGCAUCAUAUAACAAAGGAUGCCGCCCCUUUGUGUGUGACACGGACCAUUUACACUCGAAUUGUCUCGAUCGUUUUAAAAAUGCACAUAACACUACUCCCCCAUCAACGUCUGAUGUAGUUUCUCCACUAAACACAGAACCAGUUGCACCAGAAGAUGAUUGCAAAUUAUGUUGUCCUUUGUGUAGAGGAGAUGUUAGUGGAUGGAAGGUGGUUGAUGAGGCCCGCAUACAUUUGGAUGAAAAGAAGCGUUAUUGUGAGGAAGAACAAUGUAGAUUUAUGGGCACAUAUUUGGAAUUACAACAACAUGCUCAGUUGGAACAUCCUCAUGCUCGUCCUUCAAAAAUCGAUCCAGCUCGACAACUUGAUUGGGAAAAUUUUCAGCAGUCCUCUGAAAUCAUCGAUGUCUUAAGUACCAUUCACUCAGAAGUUCCACGUGGGGUGGUGUUUGGAGACUACGUGAUUGAAUAUGGAGAUGAUGAAAGUGGAGACGAGUUUGAGGAUUUCCCCGGGGAUGAUGGCAAUUGGUGGACCUCUUGUAUCUUGUAUCAAGUGUUCGAUAAUUUUAGGAACUCAAGAAAUCGAAGGAGGUCAAGAAUUGGUGAUACAAGAAGGGGACAACGUCGUUCGAGUAAUGACUUGUCAAAUUCAGACGAUAGUUCUGUGGCCUCAGUAGAAUUUGCGGAGUACGGGGUAGAAGAAAUUGACGAUGAACUUGUGAGUACAAAUGUCUCUUCUAGAGGUAGUUCCAACCACAGGAGUUCCAGGAGACGUCGCUCCCGCUUUUACGACAACUAGCCACUAGUGUUGAAAAUGAGGCGGAGUUAAGGAAAUAGACGAACCAUUUAGACGUAGAAAAGUACUCAAAUUCAUGUUACAUUAUGUAAUGUUUAAACUUUUUGUUCUUACAUUAUGCUGGCUUCUUUCUUUCUUUUAUUUUUGUUUGGUUUCUUUUAUGGGGUUGUCCUAAGAUGUAUUCUGCUUACUCAUUAUAUUGUCAAAAUGGAUUGAAAGGCGCCAAACUGAUGAUAACUGAUGCUUUAGUUAGUGUACAGCUGAUCUAAAUUUUGUUCCUUUGUUUCAUUUAUCA